AAAGGAGAUCAAUACAUGCAUUCUAAGGCAUCCCUUCUCCAAAUGGCUAUCUCUAGAACUUUGUCUUUUGGUUUUCUUUUGUUGGUGAGUUUAGGCUUAGCUUCUGCCACCAGAAGUCUUCUCACCUAUGAUCCACCACAUCAAUCUGGAUAUGAUGAUCAUAACACUAAAGUAGGUUACGGACGUGACCGUCAUGAUGAACCUUAUGGUGGUGGUGCUGGUGGAGGAUAUGGAGCCGGAGCUGGCUCUGGAUAUGGAAGUGUAGGACACGACCAUGACCAUCAUGAUGGAUACGACCGUGACCAUCAUGAUCGAUCUUAUGGUGGUGGUGCUGGUGGAGGAUAUGGAGCUGGAGCCGGCUCCUCUCUUGGAGGUUCUGGAUAUGGAAAUGUAGGAGAUCAUGGGGUUGGUUAUGGUAGUGGUGGAAGUGGUGGAUAUGGAGCUGGAGUUGGCUCUGACCUUGGUGGUAGCGGAUAUGGAAGCGGUAAUGGCGGAGGGAGUGGUGGAGGAUAUGGUGAUGUAGGUUCACGUGGAAAAGGCUACGGUCGCGGUGGUGUUGGAGGAAGUGGAUAUGGAGGUAGAGGAGACUAUGGCAGAGGAGUAGGCCAUGAUGAUGUAGUUUAUGGUGGUUCCAAAGGAUACGGAGGUGGAAGUGGUGUCGGUGGCGGAGCCGGUUAUAGUGGUGGAGCACAUGGAAGUGGUGGUGGAGCUGGAAGUGGAAGUGGAAGUGGCUACGGCGGAAGUGGUGAAGAAGGAGGAUAUGAUGGUGGAUAUGCACCUUAAACAAAGGGGCAAAAAAACGUAUCGUUAAAACGAUAAUUCUUACCUAAUAUCAAUGUUUGUUAGCAAAAAUAAAGAAUUUAGGUAAGAAUGUUAUGUUUCUCUUUGAAUUUUAGUAACUUCAAUGAAUGUGAUAUUAUAAAAA